AUGGAACUCAACCGAGAACAUUUUUGCGCCAUAAUUUAUUACAACUUUCAAAGGCAAUUAUCGCAACAAGAAUGCCUUGCUGAGUUACUGUCUGUUUUCGGCAACGAAGCGCCACAUCAGUCGACAAUUUCCCGUUGUCUUAGCGACGAUCCCAGGGUGGGUGCACCAAAAACGGCACUCAUCAUUGAAGAUAGACAUGUGACAUAUCGCGAGAUUGAGGCAAAAUUAGUUUCUCGUUGGAUACCCCACCUGUUGACUGAAGCGCAGAAAGCAGCGAGGGUUAAUUGCAUUGUUAGUGGUGAUGAAUCGUGGAUUUACUGUGAAGAAACGUCAACAAAAGUCAUCCGUUCUCGAAGUGUUUCGAAAAAGAUGGUCGCGACAUUUGUGUCAAAAGCGGGUCAUAUUGCAACAAUUCCUCUUAAUGAGCAAAGAACUGUUACUGCGGAUUGGUAUAUCACCAUUUGUUUGCCAAAAGUCAUCACCCAGCUUCGAAAAAUCAAUCCCGAAAGAAGAAUCAUCCUCCACCAAGACAAUGCAAGCUCGCACACAGCCCAAAAAACAAGGCAGUAUUUAACGGAAGAAAACGCGGAAUUAUUGGACCAUCCUCCUUAUAGUUCCGAUCUAAGUCCUAACAAUUUCUUUACUUUCCCGAAAAUUAAAAACAGACUGCGUGGUCAAAGGUUCCAGUCACCAGAUCUGCCAGCAAACGAGUGGAAUAAGUGCUUCGAAAAUUGGUCCGAGCGCAUGCAGAUGUGUAUUAAUCUUCGUGGAGAAUACUUCGAAAAACAAUAA